AUGUCCCCGCGCUUGCAAAUAGAUGGCCUCUGGGGUGCAAAGCCUGCGACCGCGUGGCAGGAGGCUAAGGUUGUUGACCCCAACGCUUCUGAACCGUGUUUGGAGCAGUGCCGUGUCGGAAACAGUGUCUCCGGCCGCCUUGCACUUUGUGUUCACGUGAAGGCCCAGAGCUUCUCGGCAUCCUGA